CAUUUAAACUGUCUUCAUCUCUCAAACAGCCACAGAUGUGCUGGUCCUGACAAGAGAGAACCUCCAUCUGCUGUCAAGAGAGCCUCACAGAUUUCUCACAACAGCCUACCAGCUGGAGCCAUCAGUCCAUCCCGUUCAGGACAACCUGGUGGAUUUUCCAUACCUUCAUAAAAAGCUUACAGAGUUUCCUAAUCUCUACCAGAGGACCCAUGUGGGUGGUGGAGAAGAUCCGCGUGACAGUGGAGAGAUCUAACCUGCUUAACCCAUCAGCAGAACUCUGCAUCAAAAUAGGUGAUAUCAUGUUUGGAGAAAAAGGCGAAAAACCCAAAAGGAUUUCCCUCUGUCCUAAUGUCAUCACCCCCGACAAUAUCCCAGAGUUCUGCAUCCCCCCAACACUUCCAUCCCUGCAGGAGUUGAAGAACACGGAUCAGAGCCGAGCUGCUCGCGUCAUCAAGGCGUCUCCCUGUGAGAGGGCGAGCCCUGCAAUAGAGGUGACACAUUAUGAGCCCAUGAACCCACACAUUAUCCAGGUGGAGAGUGUGGAUGAGAGCUCAUAUGAUGGCUGCAGUGAUGAGGAGACCACCAAUGCGGAUCCUCAUAGCCAGGCUGCCUUGUCCCUUCCGCACAUGGCCAAAGCUCAGACCUGCUAUGGCUUUUGCACCUUACUGGAGAGCCCCCACACCAGGAGAAAGGAGUCGCUCUUCCACUCCGAUCCUGGCUCCUCUCCCCUGCUGCUGCCAAGGAGUCGAUCCAGCGUGUGCUCCAAAGUCUCUCCCUCCACCUCCACCUCUCCUUCCUCAUUCAGCCUGAACAGCCUGACCUCCAGGCUUUCCCCGAGAGGAUACACUCUGAACUGGCAGGCCACUCUGGACAGCGAUACGACUUCCUCGACUGAAUCCUCUCCUUUCAGCUCGCCACUGCUGACCAGGUGCCCUGCCAAGUCUUCCCUCUUCAAAGCACUGAGCCAUGAACUGCUGUUGUCAAGGAGCAUGAGGAAGGCAAUGAUAUCCAGGAACAAUUCCCUGUCCACAGAUGAAGGCAGCUCCACAGACAAUAGCCCCAAUGUCAUGAGGAGGGCAUCGGAUGGGUCAGCUGAAGGCCUGCCGAGCAGCUACAGCCUUGCGCCACCCAACAUCUUCCCCAUGGACUUGACUCUGCACAGAGAGAGAGUAAUGAAGGAAAGAAUGGCACCCAUUGGAAAAGACGGCAGCCUGAGACUCUCAGCAGAGUAUUGCCCGGAUAACCAAAGACUACGGGUUCGGCUGAUCAGUGCGGAAGGCCUCUAUCCACUCUCUGUGGACCCCAAGAUUAUCAACUGCAGCGUCAGCCUCUCUCUGGUGCCCGGAAAGGUCCAGAAGCAGCGCAGCACAGUCAUCAGAAAGAGCCGUCAUCCCAUCUUCAAUGAGGAUUUCUUCUUUGAUAGUAUCUCAGAGGAAGACAUCAGCCAGCGCUCCCUACGCUUUAAAGUGGUGAACAAAAUGUCCACCAUGAAAAGAGACUAUCUCCUGGGUGACUGUGAUUUGCCUCUCUCUAGCAUUGUGACAUCAGAAACCUAAGUACUUCCUUAACUUUUAAUUUAUGUGUUGAAUUAUUUAUUUUCAUUUUUGUA